ACGCCUCCCUGGAAACAAGAAGAGGGGAGAGGGCAUGAGAUAAACGGUGGUAGAUUCAGAGGCAGACGUUGGAUUGGCAUGGCUGUGUGCAGCUCAGCUCUGCCAUCUGCAUCCAUGAGGCUGCUGCCUGGAUAUCUGGAGCCUCUCUGCAGAGCAACGAAGCCUUGAUACGGAGCUGUAUGGAGCAGGAGUGAGCCGGCUGUGUUUUUCACAGCAUGUUUCACUGGCACUGGGAGAUAGAGAGGCAAUAAUCAGGGGGGACAACCUUACACACACUUGAGCAAUGUUCCGUGAGCUGCUGUCUCUCUCGUUUCAGACCGACACUGAGACCUCGGACUAAUGGAGGGAUGCAAUGAUGUUUCUCUUUGCUUGUCAUGCUUGAAUCACGGCUUCAUAUUUCCUUUUGUGUCAGAGACCUUUUUGUCUUCGUCUGUCACUGCCGCUGGAUCAACUGUGGGGUAGCGUGGCGGACGGAGCCCCCUCCUCAACCCCCCUCUCCCUUGUCUGUGUCCCCGGCUUCUCAUCACUCCCGGCACGCUCGUGUCUAUUUACCUCCUCUUAGCGACCCUCCCCUCCUUGUGAAGCUCCGUCUCUCUUGCUCUCCUGCUCCUCACUGCUUACUAUCUCCCUCUCUUUGCUCCUCCAAAGCGGGCAGUCUGCUGUUUUAUCCUAGCAGCUUGCUAUAUGAUCUUCUGGAAACCAGUUUUCGCUGCUGCUCUGCUGUCUCACAACUCCUGAGUCCUUCAAGAUUUCUAUCUCUGCGUCGACAUGAUGUUUCCUCCCAAGGAUUGAUCCCUGUCCACUCCCUUUCACUUCCCCCUUCUUCUCCCUUGUCCUGAUCUCCUGCCCUUUGACCCUCACCCUCUUGUUCUUAUCCCCCACCCUCCUCUUCCUACUCACCCUUAUCCCAAGCCUCUUUCCCCCGUAUCUCUUUCCACCCCCUUGACCAUGUUGCCAUGUGCCUGCUGGCUCCAACUUAUCCUGAUCAUGCUGUCCUCUGUGUUAUGGACCCUGGGGGAAAACUGCCCAGCAACCUGCCUGUGCCCAGAUCCUCACACUGUGGACUGCAGCGGCCGUGGGCUGACCCGUUUACCCGAUGAGAUCCCCUUGGAUGUGCGCAGGCUUUUGCUGGCCGACAACUGGAUACCCCGCAUCCCCUCGGACUUCCUGGUUCUGUACAGUGACUUGGUCUACCUUGACCUCCGGAACAACUCCCUCUCACACAUAGAACCGGGGACUCUCAGCACCUCAUCCAGACUGGUGUUCCUAGACUUGGGGAGCAACAAUCUGACUGAAAUCCCAAAGGGGACGUUCGGGGAGUCCCGGAGCUUGAUCAAACUACGUUUGGGUAACAACCCUUACCUAAGCAUGGUGAGCGAGGAGGCUUUUCUCGGCCUCACCUCUCUCAGAGAACUGGAACUGGAGCGUAAUGCACUAUCCACCCUGAAGGUGGGGGCACUGAGUCAGUUGCCCUCCUUGCGGGUUGUGAGGCUAGAGGGCAACCCCUGGGUAUGCAACUGCAACUUUGCCAACUUGUUUGCGUGGCUGAUGGAGAACAGUCACAAGCUUCCAAACGGUAAGUUGCAACAUCAGAAGCUUUUACCCCCCAAAAAACCCGUAUCUGUGCACAAGAUACAAUAGUAUUAUGACAAACCCAUUACCAUAACACUGCUCUGCUCUAUUUAUAUUCCUCUGUAGGAGGGGAAACCCCCCUCUCUCCCACUUGGUCUAAUUUUGUCUCUUUCUUCCUCCACUCCUCUUGCAUGCAGGAUCUGAAAUGUAUGUGUGUAAUGUGGGAAAAUAACAUUUGCUUGGGCGUAAAAAGGAGCCUUUUUUAAGCUGUUGAGUUCAAAAGUAGAAAUUAAAACUAAACAACUUAUGUUAGGAAUUUUAGCUUUCUGUUUCUAUGGUUCCACGUUUGACUGUGCCUAUAAACUGAGUGCUGACCUCUAUCCUGCGUGGUAGUCAAAAUCGAUCAAUUUGCAGCUUCUAUUUAUAUGAUCGUAUUUAUUUAUUUCUUACUUGCCACGUACUGUAUAUCAUAAAUCAUGCAUUUUAUUGAGGGUUAUUCAAAUGAGUCCGACACCUCUAGCCUUAUUCCCUUCCCCAUGUAAAUAUUCAGCCCCUUACUAUAGUCUACAGCAGUGAUUCAGCUUGGUGCGCUGAGUUAGAUAACAACUGGGCCAAAGUUUUGGUGUGCUGGAGUGUACGAGGCAAAGCGAAUGUGUGCUUACAUAUCUAAGGGACAACACAAGACAAAGGGGAGCAUCAAGUCUCUUCAGAAGUAGUUUGCUUUGGGAGAGAUCGCCGAACAUGGAGCUGAUUUGUUUCAGCAUCCAGAGGUACUGGAUUCUUGGGGCACAGCAAGAUUUGUCCUAGAUAAAAACGGAAACUGUCAAAAGUGAUCAGAUCUCUGUGAAUACGGUUUGUUUUUAAGUCAGCCAUAUUGCAUAACCUAAACGCUUGUCCAGCACCAUGUCUACAUUGACAAAGCAUCUUGACUCUUUUGUCCGCAGGGGUCUGGAGUUGUUUUCAGUGAAGGUCAGCCUUACGUGUGUUAAUGCUAAUGUCCUCACAAAGGACACAGACAGCAAGUUAUCUCAUAAGUGAAAGCUCACACGUGGGAGCUGCAGGGACAAAAAUAAACAGAUCUGACAGUUCAGCCUCACAUGACUCGCAUCAUAUUCAGAUCAGAGUUAGAUUUGACGCAUUACAUGAUUUUUGCUUAAACUGACAGAAUAACAUGGCCGCCUCUUGCCAUGUUUUGACACAUGCUCAUGGGUUUUUAAGGGCAUGUUAGAAACUGUACAUGUUCAGGUGUUUGGGUGUUAUGUAUAACAGAGCACAGAUAAGGAGUGGGAGCGUUUAUUUCUGUCAUCGUUCCAAGGUUGUAUGAGGUGUGAAAUGUCAAUCUGUAUAUUCACAGAGCUGUUUUUUUUUUCUUUUCUUUUUAUAUAGUGAUGGCACAAAUCUUCUGACUCAACACAGGAAUUUUCAAGAAGUGAGAGGCCUAUAGACAGCUCAAGCAAAGCAUAGAAGGUGUAAAUCACAGUGUGGCUUUUUCUGUAAUUACUUAAAAGAUUUCCAAACAGAAAGUUUCUGUAAAUCAAAUGAUUCUCUGUCUGCAAUCUGGCUGGCAAAAGUCUGCAGCUCAGCUCCCCAAAGGAACCACUGACUUCUGAAAACUGCUGACGACUCACAAAAGCAAACUCCUGAUGUGCAUUUAGGCCACUGUGUUCUGGGCUAUUGAUAUAAUACUCUCACUUUCAUCCCCCCAGGCUUUUUGCAUUUGCCCUAAAAACAGGCAAGUUUGGGCCUGUGAGGAUGCAAUGUUGCUAAGCUGGCAACAAUACCGUAGUCCCCUCAGUAAGACUGCAAAUGCAUUAAUCACUGGUUCUAAGUGUUGUCAUAUGCAAGCCCAUAAUGAAUUGCAUUAGGGGUGCUGGCCAGGCAGACAUCAACAACAAAGAAGGUAGCCAAAGCCCAGCCAAGCUGCUAGCGUGGCUGCCAACUGGCCCCACUGUGCACACCACUCAAAUUGAGUUAGUAAUGCGCAUCUCACCUCAUAUGCAGCUCUUACAUCUCCAUCAGUAAGUGUUUGCUGUAUGACCCCAGAGACCCCGAAUGCACUAACAUUAAAAGAGUAUGCAACUUUGAGUAGAAUCGACGUUUGGAUUCCUUUAUAUUUUUCUACGGCUCUUAAAUGGUGCCAGAAAUAUACUUUGUAAUGCUAACCAUGCUGGAGGACUGGGUGACAAACAACAUUAUAGCACGGGGAAUAGUAAUUAUUUUGGCUCCUGUCUUCAUAAGCGAUGCAAAUUAGCUCUGUGGCGGGUCAAAGAGGACAUAAUGAUGCCACACUGGGGUGAAAAUGUUCCCUCUGUCCCCGCUUUGUGUGACUGUAUUCUAGGCCACAUAUUAACUAUUAUUUAGCUGUUUAUUAGAGUGUAUUUUAGUAGAAUAUUGGCUCUUAAUUACGAGUAAGACUACACUUGUGAACACCUUAUUUUGCAUGACCAUAUUCUACUCCUACUAAACCAUUAACUAAGUGUUUUACAUGAAUAACCUCGUAAUUACAGCAAAUAGCAAGUAAGGAAGUUGUGCACAACACUUUGAUUCUUAAUUAAGUUGGACAAACAAAUGCUGCAACUGUCACGUAUUAUACCUUAAAAGACAUGGAAGUCUUAUGAGACAAGUCUACAUAGCUCCUUUACUGAUGGACCAUUGAAGUAAUUUUUAAACAUGUCUCUGGAUGAUAAGGUUUAAGAAUUAUUCUGCAUAAACAUGCUGUAUAAUUGAUAGCUUACUGAGGUUUUUAGUGUGCAGAAGGACACAAAGGAUAUCCCUGUGUUUUUGCCAUUCUGCAUAACGUGCUGAUUUCGAAAACGGGAUGCUGCAUCUCAAGGAGCUAUCUUAAAUAAAUUGAAAAUCUGAAAUUAGAGGAAGGGUAAAUUCAAUAAUCUAGACUCCACAUUAAAAACCUUCUCAGGUCAAUAUGAAUGUAUUUUUUAUUUUUUUUUUUUAGCUGAUCAGGCUACUGCAUAAUUUCACACUUCCUGUAUAACAUAACUUAGAUGCAUUUUGACAGGAAAAUUUGCUGGGUGUCUUGCUGAUCACUAGGGGAGGGAGAAAAAAUCAAUGCAGCAUUGUAUCAUAAUAUUUUGUCUGUUGAUAUAAAUCAUAUCGUCUCAUUUACCAAGUAUUGAUUCUUCGAUACUUCGAUUGGUUGAAGCCCUUUGACAAGAGUUAUUAACUCUGUAUUACUAGAACAACACCAGAGACAAGCAGUUCCCGCAUGUUAUAUGAACUUAAACUGCUGAAAAUAGUUCCAGCACUUUUUACUUCUGCAUGUUAACACCAUUAACAGAAAGAGAUGUCAGUUUUCUUAGCGUCAUGGUAAUCUUCUUUUUUUAUCACUACAAGGAAAAAACAUUAGGGUUAGUGAUAAUAAAAAAUGUUUAAGUUUGUGUCGUUCUCCUCAUUUAUUUUUAAAGGGUGUGUUGACUGCAAAGCUCUGAGAGAAAACAGACCAGGGUGAGGUUAAACGUCAACAUUUGAAUUCACACAGAAGACCUUAACACGUUGUUUUGUGUAACCGGGGAUGGAAAUGUCUAUUUAAGUGACACUCCUACACAGUAGACAACUUCAUAUCUUAGUAUUGGUUUCACCCGACUUACCUGCUUACCAUACUUUAUCUCUUGUUUAUCUGAGUGUGAAGAGGAUGUAAUUGUGAAAAAAAGGUGUGGGUUCAUAAGUAUAAAACUAUUAUAGAAUAAUCAUAAACAAAACCUAACGUUAGUCAGGGCGACAUAUUCAAAGUGAAAAAUACUUUGUUUUGAGUUACCUGAGCUCUACUUACACCUUUCAUUGUUGUUUUUGCUGCACAAGAGUUGACUAGAUUUAUAUAUUGUUACUACGGGAGAAUGACUACUAUCACUUUAAUGAUAUUCAUAUUUAAUGUGAGCAUGUUAAGAUUUUUUUAAUGCAUAACAACGUACAUGAUUUUACUAACCAUUACUUUGGAGGUUGUUAGGGCAAAACCCCUUAAUCAAGGGUUUAGUUAUAGAAAAUUAUGGUCGUACAGAAUGAGAUGAGAAGUGUUUUUAAAGCUCCAGUGAGGAACUCUCAGUUGGUAUUGAUUUAGCGCCCCUUGUGGAUAAAUCUGUCUUUGUUUAUCUUGUCAUCUACAAAUUAAAACAGUAAACUGGCAAAAAAUUCAUACUGUUGGCUUUUAAAAGGCAAAUAAGUCCUUUAAUGUGAAUAUUUUGUGCUGUAAUACCUUCAGUUGCUUGGCUAACACCUUCACACCAGUUUUAGGCGUAAAAAAUUAUAAGGGUAAAAUCAUCCAUCUUGUAACUGAUGGGCUUGUUUGCUUUUUGUAUAUCAUUAACAAACAUCACCAUGAAUUUGACUUGAUUUCAUUGACGUCAGAAACCUCUUACUGGAACUUUAAAGAGUAAUCAAGAGUUAAUAUUUUACUAAUGCACAAGCAAUUACUCAGUUAUAUUUGGCAUGCUUUAAUUCUAACCAUGUCCAGUUGAUUUAUGUCACACCUGUUUAUACAGCAACACCAAAAUAUAAAGAUGUAAGAAGCCGAAAAAUCCCAGCCCCUCCACUAAGACUCUGACUGGUAUUGUGUGGCUCCUCCGCAUUUAGCUUACUCUGUGUUGAGUACAGCAGAGAAAUGUUAAGUGGUGUUCAGACUAUCGAAAAAUAGCAGCAGGAAGGAUUACAGGGAGUUGGAUUUGCGAGCACAGACAGUUUACACAUGCAGGCAUCAUACUGCCAGACUUAAUUAACAUAAUGACUGAGCUCUCGGUCAGGAAAACGCUAUGACCUAUUCCCUGGAAUGCUGUUUUGAAAGUGCUCACACAAUAACAGAUGGACACUCAUUAGUCAAUGAAGUUGACUUGAUAAGCUUUUCAAUAUGUAUCAACUUGAACUACUAUCAUCAGUGUGGGUGUUCCAGCUCAAUAUCCUAUUUUUUUGUCCAUUACAGAGAGACAAAUAAUUUUUAAUUUGUAAAUCUGUGGACUUGUUUGGUGGUUCCACCUUUUUUCUGUUUCAUUGUAUGAUAAAUCCGCAAAGAACCAAGAAUUUAAUCUUUGAGUUUUAUGUGUGUGGCCUCUAUUUGAACCCAAACAAGCCCUGGCCUCUGGUCCUACUUUGCAGCAUGUUUAUUCAGUCCUCUUACUCUGUGUGCAGUGUGUGGGUACUGUCAUGACAAAGUGUAGUCUGCACACGGCUGCUGGUGCUGAAUCUGUUUGGUCUCCAAAUUGAUUUUUUUGUUUCAGGGUUUCAUCCUGUGAACAUAAACAACAGUAAAAUCUUGUUAUUAACUCAGUGGCGCUGAUAGAUGAUGAUCCUGAUGAUGAGACAACCUCUACUUCUUGGCUGUUUAAUGCACCUUUAACCAUUUUCCCUCAAAGUAUCAUAACUCCACUUAAGCUUUUGGCUCACUCAUUUUACUUUUGCUCCGUUUAUUUCACCACAUCUCUCCAUCUGUCACAGUAGCAGUGAUAGGCAGCUGGUCUCAGUUAUGAAGGGUACACUUAUUUAAAAGAUGAAUGACGUCAUUAACUGUUACAACAGAAUUUGCCCAUUAAAGCUACAGUAAGCUGUUUUAGCAGCAUUAACAUACCUGUCAAGUUUUGGUUUGGAAAAUAAGGGACAUUGUCUGGGUUAGGGUUAGGGUGUGCAGUGUUGCCAACCUAUCGAUUUUGUCGGUAGAUUUAGCGAAUUUUCAGACCCCCUUGUGACUUAUUUUCAAAAAAACACCUAAUUUAGCAACUUCCGACAUUAAAGCAGGUAUUGAUGUUACUCUUUUUAACGGGAAGCUGGUGUGCACUGAAAAUACGCACACGUACAGACACAGCGAGGAAGACUCCUCACUCCUCCUCUGUAGGCAAAGUGUGGUGUGUGUGUGUGUGUGUGUGUGUGUGUGGGUGGGUGGGGCAAAAAUUAUGCCAAUUAGGCAAUGACAUCAUUUAGCCACUUCUCGGACAGCCACUAGCGACUUUCCUGACUGAGGAGUAAUCAACACUGUCUAUGUGAUCACAGAUGACAACUCACUACUACUAGUUAGUGGGUACUUAGCACACGCUAGUGACAGAGUUCAGUUUGGAGAGGUAGAUUAAUGUUUUUUUAUAUACAUAUAAUACAGGAGAUUUAUGGAAGAAUACUAAUACGAGAAGACGGUAGGAAAGAGGGGUAAAAUGCGGUAGUUUCCUGGCUAAACAGGAUACUUGAAAGACUAUGGAACAGACUCAGUAGAAGUGUGAUAAAGUAUUCAUGCUUAAUUGAGUUUGGCAUCUUGCACUGACAUGUUUCUACUGUAGCACUAAUUUGAAAAACAAAUGGAGAAUGUUACUUGUCCAAAUCACAGGAGCGUCUUGUCUUCAAAGGUCACCAUCACUUGACUACUAGGAGGGGUGAGCAAGGGUGUAUUUAAGUCUAGAAUAUGACCGCUAAAUAUUCCAACAUCUUUGAUUCAAUCUGUGUCACAUAAUUACUUUUUUGUGUGUAUAAGUGAUCGCUUGUUUUAUAUCUGCUUUGCUGUUGGUUUUUAAGCAAAUAUAUAACUGCUUGUCAUGUUUGCUAUUAUGUUAGUUUUUUUGUUUAGCCGUUUAUGUAUAAUGUGCCUUAUUUCCAGCUGUCUAACCAGGGACAAGGACUGCAAAUUAGCCAUCAGUUUGCAUCAGUUGCUCUUUAAUUAGGUGUAACAAAUGACUAAAUGUAUUGUCCCUGUCAAAUAACCACAUAAAUAAAGAAAAUACAACAUCUCUAAACUCUGAAUUUAAGACAAUUCUGCUUUUUCACUUUAUUCUGUGUAUUUUAGGAGAAAAAGUCCUUGUGUUGUGGAAAUAAAUGAGUAACUUUUAUCAUGAUGACAAAUAACUUGUAAAUAACUACUGACCUGUCUCUUACAAGCAUGUCAUCAUAUCAUGAUUAAGUUUGGCCUAUUUUUGAGGCUAAUGAGACACAAACUUAAUGAAUUAUUUUGGCAACCAGCCUACGAAGUUUUCAACUGUGAGAACAGUGUAAAACGAACAUGCACUGUUGAAGCAUGGGUAAGACUUUGGUUGACUAAUCUGAAAAAUGACACUUUUAUGUCCACUAUUUUGCAACCUGCUGAAACUUUUCUUUCUCAGCAGUGUGUUCCUUGAAAAUCAUUGCAUAUUCUUCAGCAUUAAUAAGGGUCACACUUGAACUAGCUCCUGAUUUUAUUUUCCUAAUGAUCAUGUGGACAAAGUGCAGCUGGCGGGAAAAAGCUUGUAGAUUCUUCAGUUUUCAUCUGAAGUCAUAAAAGCCCCAUAAAAGUUGUGAUUUCUUGAGUUAAUGAGAGAACAUACCAGGAUGGGUGGUCAUGAAGAAUAUAUUUCACCUGCAGAAAAAUCUUUAACUAAUUUAAAAACUGUCAAUAAAACAUGACAAAAAGCAAACUGCUAUUUUAGAAGUCAUUCUGCAAUAUCUGUGGUUCCCUGUGAGAUGGCCUGCAUAAUGUAGCAGCUGCAGAGCCCAUGCUGUAAACCCAAUUCCCAUUCCAUUUUGCACAUCUUGAUUUCCCGUGAGAUUUCAAGUUCACAAAGCAGCACACUUUUCUUUGAUUACUGCGGGUCAGCAUGGGGAGUGGGUGGAAGAUGCAUAAAAUUCUGGGGGAUGAGGGGGUCUGUGUUUUGUCUCAUAUUUGUAACAUGCAGUCAGAUUUUAAGACACAGAAACAUCCUCUCAUGUGUUGCCUAACUCUGCAUCCUCUGCUUUGUUUUGGUGCCUUUUCUAAGUUUUCAGCCACUAAUCCACUUCAUUAAUGUUUUAAUAGAGGGAUGAGUGUAAACAUGAUCCACUGCUGUCUUCAGUGCUCUUGGGUUAAGGAUGAACAAAGGCCAUGUAUAAUUCAGAGUGACACAGUUCUGCGCCACGUUGGCCAGGGUAAUUGGAGCCAGAGCUGCCUACAGGGCAGGGCAGGCCAACUCCCAGGAGAGGCUGAGGCUGAACCCUGUUGAGGCAUUGCUAUCACCACGAGUCAUGACCUGGAGAGUUUCACUACAAAGUAGCAGUUCAGGUGACAGGGUCAGAGUCUGAAUUUUCCUUCGCAGAGUAUUGAGUUGCUUCCCAAAGACCUGUUACAGCAUCACACUCCCAGGACUGAAAACUUGAUGCCUAGGAGUUGCACUGCAAUGCAAACAAAUUCCAACACAUUCUGGUUGUCAAAUGAGGUGGCUUGAUCCAUGUCCCUGAACUGCAAAAUACAGCAGUCAAGGUACCACUGUAGGUAAAGGCUUAUAUGUGGAUUAACAGUUAAGUAGGUAAGCAAGAAUCUAUCAUGUUGAGGUCAGACUGUACAAUCUUUUUAGGCCGUCAUGACCGUCACUGUAUCGGAUUAGGCAAUCGCAGAGCCAUAAAUUUCUGCUUACAGACUAUGCAGACUGUGUGCUGGUACCCAAUAAAUCAUCCAAACCAAUGUGAUGAUGUUGGAAGGCAGACCUGCAGGGCCAGACGACAUCUAUAAACAAGACUAUAAACUGAUCAGGAGCUGACAUCAAGCUAAAUUUACCACUGGCCUUUGACGAUUACUGGUAACCGCUGACCCAGGAACAUUGCUUUGAUUCAGAAAAAUAGCCAAUGCUUCACUCUUUAAAUAAAGACAAUGGUCUGAUUGGAAUUACCAAAAUUUACACCAUCUAAUUGAUUUAGCUGUUCCUCCGUCUUGUCCUCAGUCGGCCUCAGCUUGUGGGAGUGGCAGCUCAUUUCAAUUAGGCCUUGAUUGCUGUUAACAGUGAUUUACUGUAUGGGAUAAAGUGAUCCAUUUUGGAGGAAUUCGGUCUGCCAGAUCAAGUACCCAGCCUAGAGACCCUUUUAGUGUUAAUAUCUAAAUUAAAGUGGCUUUUUUGGAGUUUAGCUAAAGGCAAAAAAACUUCCUAAAUAUGUAACGUAGCAUUAGCCACCAAAUUUUGUUGGCCUGUUUGAAGAUAAUGGGCGUCUUUUUGCUUUUUUGUCACUUGUUUGUUUUUGCUAAUAAAGCUAAUGGUAGCCCACAUGCUAAAGAAAAGUUAAGAGUUCCUUUUCAUGCCUUUCCCAGUUUCUGAUGAGGAUAUGAUCAUCCUUGAUGAGCACGUUAUCCAUCCAUUCAACAGUGAAAUCAUACUUGUGUGCUCUGCACUCUCGAGUAUUUUUAUUUUCCUUAUCCGAUCCUUCUAUUUAACCAAAGCUCUUUUAUUUUUGGUGAAUAAAAGCUGGUUUACAGUAGAAAGAUAGUUUUGAGGCGUCACUAUUACUCCUGCCCUGGCAUGACACUUUAGGACUUUUCUUUACAAUUUGUUUUCUAUAGUUUGGAUAUGUGUUUGCUUUAGUGUUACUUGUUUUUUGUCUCCAGCUCUAAAACAGCUUAAAGCAUGUCGUCUGAACUUGUAAUAGACUUCAAAUAAACUGGUCAAGGUCAGAGACUCAUUGAUAAAUAAUUAAGUAGGAUUUUAAAUACUCUUGUCAACAAAGGUUUUGCGGUAAAUAGUGCUUCAACGUGCAACAUUCACCGACGAGUUGAUAACUUACCAAACAUGUGCCAGUAAUGUAAUAUGACCAGUUAAUUCAGUCAUUUCAGUUAUGUUACUCCUGCAUGACAGUAAGGUACAACUCCAUUCUUACUGCAUGGUACCUCAGCCCUGCAAAUUUCUUCAAUUUUUGCUCUUUUUAUUGUGUCUUCAGACUUUAAUUUAAAAUUAAAACAGUACGUGCACUUAGACACGGUCUUAAGGGGGACUUGUAGUAUCAAGUUUAAGAUAUUGGACCACAAAUAAAGUCUUGAGAAUGAGAGAAGGCUGCACAUGCACAUGAUACCACACUGCCCCAUAUGACUCUCACUCCUCGCUGCUAUCUUUUACUACUCAACUGGUUUGUGAUGAGAAAAUAUCUAUUCCAUUAACUCGGGCUGACAGCUUCUUUUAUCUUGGCCUAAUUUGAUGUUUAUUUAAAGUAAGGAUGUGAGAGAGAGACAGCCAGAGCCGGCGAGGGAGAGUGGAGUGUGAAAAGGUGGACUGAAUUACACAGUGCGAUGGCAUCAGCUGCUGCAUGUACAGGAGCAGGGAAGGAUAAUCUGCCAGUGUCAGAAAUAAAAGGUGAAAAGCCAAAAGCUUUAUUUUACUGGCGGUGUGCAGCACUAUGCAUGAUGGGUACUUUCCUCUCUGCCUGUGCCCGGUUGAGUGUGAAGCAUGAAUCGCUAAGACCAGCAUAUUUAGCUGUUUCCUCCUAAUAUGAUACAACAGUAGACAAACAUUCGGUUGGAGUCGUUAUUGUCCCUUUCUGAGCGUCCUCUCUUGUAUCAGCACAUUUCCAUGUGUGAAUAUGUGCUUUAGUAAUGAGAUCUGAAUACACCCAUGGUAUAGUGAUGUCAGCGAGUUUCCACGCAGAAGGAAUCCCCUGCUGAAUGAUUCACUCUCGCCCCCUUGUCACAUGAAUGCUUGUCAUAUUGUGCAUUCAUACGCAGUCUGUUCCUCUCCAGCCCUCCGCCUGCUCUCGUCUUGUAUGAAUCUCAUACCGUUUUUCUCUCUGACUUCUUCUUUAUCUGCCUCUUAAUUUAACAACAAGGUUAAUGAAAACUAAAGAAAUCAGGAACACUAAACCUUGAAUAAAAAUAAGAAUAAGGCUUUGGAAAAACAGGAUAAUUGUCAUUACAUAGAGGAUGCUCUUUGUGUACCUGGGGUUGACUCCAUUUCUCUUCACUAUCAUGUAUCUUAAAGGGUACUUUUAAAAAGCUUGCUGAAGGUCUUUCUGAAACAUUUACGACACCAAGACAACUUUUGUUCAAUUGCAGACAGUUAACAUCCUGAGUGAGACUCUCUUGAAGCGUGUUGCUGCUCUUUAAAUACUAUCCUGUUUGUGCUUUGUUAAAAAAACUGAUUUUUAGACACAUUUAUUCCGAUUCAGUCAAAGAACGUAUACUUAAACGAAUUCAUUAAUGCUACAUUAAUUCAAAAGAAUUCAAAUCUAUCAUAAACCUCAAAAGCAACACGUCACCACUGCAAAAGCACGGGAGGAAUGCUGGCAGAAAAUUGCAGACAGUCUCAAUGCUUAAGUAUAGUGCGCAAAAAAUCUUUGAUGCCAUUAUCACCCUGAAAUAACACUGUUCAACAUGCGCUUUUAACAUGCACCAGACAUGUCUAAUUCAUUUCCAAGAUGAAUUCAUUCAUUUGAUCAUUUCUAUUGUGUUUACAUUUCAGUGUGAUAUGUAGGCCAAAUGAGCCUUUCAAAAAGGUGGUAAUCCGGAAAAGUAAGUGGGUCCGUGCGGAGCCUGAAAACUCUCACGCGCCGGAGUGCUCCUCGGAUAAUGCGAGCACCGAGGUCUAUAGGAUCCUCCAAGAAUGGACAAGCCAUUUUUCGAGAGAGCUCAUUGGUCAGUGGGCGGGGUUUUUAUACUCGGUGAGUUCAAUCCCCGGAGCAGGUUAGCCGUUUAGCGUACAUUGCCAUGGAGACUCGCCUCGCUUAGAAGUGAACCCGCGUCGUAGAACAGGAAACCCUGAACUUACCCUCGAAGUUACCUCGCUAAGCAGUAAUCCUGCUUCGUAGAAUAGGCCCCAGGAUUGUUUCUAACCCUUUUCAACUGGAGUGGCCCAACCUCGGCACUGACGCUGGCAUGAAAUAUGUGAGCCCACACUCCAAUAAAUAGCAUUAAUUAUUUUUUAUUAGUAUUAGUUGAUAUCAAACUAAGUCUUGUCUUUGAUGGGGCAAAUUGCCAAAUAAGAUGUGUUGAGUUUGUUAUGCUCGUUGAUCAGUUUCUGGAGUAUCUUGCCUCUGACUAGUGUCUGUGCUACAAAAUCUAAAAUUAACACUAAUGCUCAUAAAAACUCAUCUCAAUCUUAGCAUUUAAAAAAAUACGAAAACUAAACUUAACUAAAAAUCCCAAAUGAAGCCAAAAACUAACUGCCAAAUGAAACAUAACAUAACAUAAAACUAACAUGAUCAAUUCCUCCAUCUUCUUAAACCCUGUUUGCUUUCUUCCUAUCCUUAGUGGUUCAUUCCUUGUGUUAAAUAAUGUAGGAUAGAGACACUUUAGUGAGUCAUUAUCACAACUGGAUUCCCACCAAGCAGGUGUAAACUUAAGCAUAAAUAUCAACUCUUGCAGGAGUCUGUAGUUGCAUGAUCAUGGUGAUGUACCUUUAUUGCUGGUGCAGAGAUCAAUCUGCACAGACAGUGUCCGGGAAGGGAGAGAAACAAGUCUCUGAUAUCAGUCUGUCACAGCCAGGUAGAUCAAUCAGGACUGGGACAGCAGAUAGCACAUCCCCACGGCUGGCUGUAAUCCUAAUGUAAUCCAUCAACUGUCCAGACUAGGAGUGUAACAUAGCAGUGUGAGCUGACACACUCGAUAGUGUAGUGCCAUGAAUCAUGCUGCUGUUGUGUAGUAGACUUCUCCAGUGUCACUAUUUUAGCUUAUAGCAGAAUUUGGGGUCAUUUAUGAACUCAAAGCUGAUAUCGAUUCACUCUGAGUGUGGCUGUUAUUAAAAAAUGGCUCCACAAAGAAACAUGCUGAGCACUUCCACAAGUCCACCUUAUGUUCUUCUUUUCUUCAUUCAUUGGUUUGAAUGAUGACCCUUUAGGCCAUAUUUAAGGGAUUUUUUUUUAUUUUUAUUUUUUUUACAGUAAUUAGGUUUUGGUGGUGGGAUUAACAGGAACGCCUUAAGCAAAUGUUUAACCUUUAAUUGACCCGGUGUAUAAUCCUUGUAUGUCUACUCACAGACUGCAGUGUGCUGAUGUAGUUUUAAAUGUGCAAAAGACGAUUAAUUAAAUAAACUGGAAACAAGUGAAGCUAAUAAAUACAGUAUAUAUUUUUAUCUUAUUUGCUUAUUGAACUAAUAAAAAAUAGUGAUCUAGCACUGAAGUAAUUUUCUCCCAUAAUCUAAUAUGUGUUGAUUAUAAUAAGAAAGGGUGUGUUUUCUCAAAAAACUGGAAUCAUCAUUCAAUCAGAAAAUGAACCCUAAAAAUAGAAAGAUAUGACACACCUUUGACUGUAAAAUCCACUCAAUUCGUGAGACAGGCAGCUUUCUGGUGUUGACGUCUAGGGACUUUUUAAAUCCCAAAGAGAAGAUCAUCUUAUUUUCGGAGACUGUCCUGAUCCACUUCCUCAGAAACAAAAGUAUCCUGUGUGUGAAGAUAAUAGACCAAUCAGGAGCUGUGCCCACUUUUGUCAAAAAUUUACUUGCAUGCAUUGGUUAUUUUUAGGGAUAUCACUCUGAUCUGAGAGCUCCCUGCCUUUCCACGUGCUUACAUGAAAUGCCAAAUCCAUGAACUGUAUAUACUGUGGACAACUCAGUUUCACCUUCCGCCAGUAUACUGAUUUGAAGCUGAAAAGCUCUCAGUAAUAACCCAUUUUUUCUCCACUUCCUGAAACCAACAUUGCACAGUAGCAUUGCACACAUUCGGCUAGAGAGUCGCUGUGAUGAUGCUUAGCUCAAACAGCGUAUCCCCCAGCUGAGCUAUGCCAUCUUUGUUCGCCCAUAGGCUGUACCAAUGUCAAUCAUAGAAAACAUGAACCCUCUAAUAACUUUUAAAAAUGAAGCUGCACAGAAAAAAGAGGACUUGAGCACAAACCAGUCUUACAUAACUACAUGUCAACAUCGCAGACGGGGGAGAAAAAUGUAUAUUCUGUGUAAUAAAUGUGUAAAAAGUUUGUCCACAGCCCCAUAAGGAUUGCUGGAGGAGGAGGAAUUUACGACCUAUACUGCAGCCCGUCAACAGGGUGUGCUGUUCUCGGAGUGGCUUCACCCAGCGAGGAGGCAGACGGCGUCCAUUCUAUAUACAGUCUAUGGCCAAAUCCUAAAGCAGGGAGAGCACACAUGCCCUCUUUUUAAUGUGCAUGAAAAGCCACGGCAGGGAGAGCAGCAGCAAAGAUCUCCAAGGUCUAGAAUGUAUAUGUGACCAAAACCAAACUUGUUUAACUUUAAGAAACGUGCAUUUUACAAUGCUAACAGGACUAUAGCUACAGCUAAGCUUAUAUUCGAUCAACAGUCCUGUGAUGGAGGAGAAGUUACAAACAUUGCCUUUUAUUUGCAAAAGAGAUAUCAAGCAGGUGUAGCUUGGAAAGCAACAGUCAUGGGAUUUUACUGCCGUCAUUUAGCUGCCAGUUUGUUGAUAUUUUGGUCCUUUUUUUUUUUUUUUUUUUACACUAACUUUGAGUAAAAGUGUCAGAUCUUUAUGAGUACUUGACACUGUUUUCUCAAAGCUGCUGCACUUCUUUUAAGCUGUAGUAGGUUCAAAGUGACAGAAAGCAGCUCACAGGGAUAUAAUGAGAAGCAUUUCCAUACAGGACCUGAGUUAUAGAUUACUACUUUUCUAGAUGCAUGUCACAUUCAGAGUCUUCUCAGAGUCUUUUCUGUCAGGCGGCACAUUGUAUUCUGAAUUACUACAAUUAUGACAUUUGCUCCAGAAGACUCCACUUUUGGUCUGUUCAGUAAAUCCUAAUCUUUCACAGACUCUUAUAAACCUGAACCCUGCUGAGUUAUUCUGCUUCAUUUCAGUGUCAGUGUAGCUUUAGUAGGGAGAUCCAAUCCCCCCUUGCUACAAAUCCUACAUAUUCUUAUGUAAGUCGCACAUUUCUACAGAAAUGAAAUGCAAAUAUUUAGCUGUGUGUGAAUAUCCAUUUCACACAACUCCAGUGUAGGUUUUACAUCUCAGCCCAGAUACUCCUAUUCGCCUGGUCUUUGAUCAAAGUGAAGGUUUAAAUCCUGUAACUGCUGCUGGAACCAGGUGUCCACCAGGAUAAUUUCAUUCACGAUAUUAAAGGGGUAUGUAGGACAGGCAAGACCAGACAGCUAAGUCUCGAAGGCAAAGACCAGGGGCCUCAUGUAUCAAUACUUGCGUGGAACUCAUACCAGAAACGAGCGCACGCAAGGUCCGUCACGCUGAAAAAAAUCCGUAUGUAUCAAUGUGUGCGGGCGCCGAAAUCCACGUGUGUUUCCUUGAUAAAUCCCAAUCAGCGUGGAAUUGAGCGCAGAUGUCGGAGUGACUGGGCCCGCCCCCGUUACGCCCUCCUAUAAAUAUGCAGAUUUAUUUAAAUAGGGUCUCCCUGUCCUCGCACGCAGACAAAAUGACAAGAAAAACUAAAUUUACGGCGUGCGAGGUGGAGGUGCUGGUGGCGGACAGCGUGUUUUGUUUGGCAGCCUGUCCAGUGGCGUCAGUGCAAAACAAAAACGCUUGGAGUGGGAGAAAGUUUGCGAGAGGGUGAAUGCGGUGGGUUCCGAGACACGCACCCCCGCGAAGAUUAAAAAAAAGUGGUCGGACCUCAAGGUGGAGGUCAAGCGGCGUACAGCUGCCCUCCGGAGGAGUACUGGCCAGACAGGUGGGGGUCCGGGGGAGGAGACCCUCACACCGUUUGAGCAGCGGGUGGUGGCGAUUAUUAUUAUAGGGUAAGUGGCGUGCCACACAAAUGUCCACAUGCUUUGUCAUCCCACUGAGCAAAAGACGUAUAUUAGACAUCUAGUCUAAGUUUAUACUUCAUUUCAACGUCGGGAUUCAGUCUAUUUUAAGACGUGAUUUAUACUUCGCCCUUAACUUCAUUUUUCGAUAACUUUUUAUGCAAUAAACAACUGUAAUGUGCAUAACUGACCUCGAAAUACUGGAUUACAUUACCUAUGAUACCGUGGAGAGAGAUGUAAACGCAACAGAUACACAGAAGCAGGAAUUGAAAUAAACAAAUAUUUUUAUUGUGUCACAGAAAUCAAUGUGUCGGCCGUGUCGCCGGCUUGCGGAACCCCGGCCCGCGGCAGCCCGUCCGCCGGCUUGGAGUCGUCGGCCAGGACCAGCGGCAUUCGGGCCACCCCGGCCCCCGGCCCCAGCACCAGCACCAGCAUCAGCGCGCCGACAAGCGGUGGAGCGUCCACCAGCCGCGGCGCUUCCGCUGGACCACCCGGAAGGGUCCUCGCGGAGGGGGUCCUGCAAUCGCAGGAAGAAAUCAUCAGGGGGAUCGCGGGGAUCAACGAGCGGCUGGACCGGCUCGUUGAUCCCCGCGAGCGUCUGGUGGAGAAAAUAAAUUAAUUUGGCUCAAUGAACUGUGUAUUCACUUCUUACCCAUUCACACUGUGGCGAUGAGAUUCUCCCGCGCGAGGACGGCGGCCCGGCAGGGAUCAGCUCGCAUCCCUCCGUCUGCUGCUGGUUUGUCAUGUGGGGCGACGUGCUGCUCGGCCACGGGGAUGUGGUGCACGCUUGUCACAUAGUGAUUCACCAAACACCGCCACACAGCGUCGCCAAAGUGCGAAUCACAGUCAACGCAAAUAUCUGCUCAACGCCAAUUUCUACACCACCUCCUGACUUUGCGUUGAUUAGCGAUGAUAAAUCUGGACGUGUGCGCCGAUUUUGGCGUACGCAAGGUUUUCUUGCGCCGCAAGCGUUGAUACAUGAGGCCCCAGGUCCCUGAGGAGUUGAGCUACUUUAGAGUACAGUCUUUGCGGACUAUGGACAGGUAUUUCAUUAUAUUGAAUUUUUAAUGCGUCCAAAUGUUUACUCAGAAAUGUGGCAGGGACAUUAAUGGUUUUUUUUUAAUGUUAUACUAAAACUGCUCUCAGACAAUCAAUCACAAUAAGGUCAGGGUGUUCUGCUUGUCUGCUGUUUAAUAGAAACCCUAUUUCUACCCUCACCAUUGUUUCAUCAUAAGCAGUUUUUUUAGUUUGGACGGCCACCCACAAGAUACAAUUCAGUCAGGACCGUGUAUGUCAGAAGAGUUAAUUACUUUCAGGCAAUGGUUCAAUUUCUACACCCUCAAGAUGCAGAGCAGAGCUGACAUCAGUGACAAUGCAUAUGAUAAUGAUGAGAUUUUAUAAAGCAUUAAUGGAGCAGGCUGCAGCAUUUUAAAUAGAAGGUUCAUUCUGACAUUGGCCAAGUGUGUAGAUGUGAGUUGGUUUCCAUUUGUACACCUCUGAUUUUCUAUUAGCUUCAAUUUGGUGUAAGUGACAAUAUGGGCUCUAUUUUCGUGUACGCCGGUGAGGCGACGGAGGGUGGCGGACCCGCGCAGUUGUAUUUUCGUCUGGCGGAGCCCAGCGUACAGCCAGUUUGGUAUUUUUGUGGACUGAGGCGCACGGAGGCGAACCGAGAUCCGCCAAGCUGGGCGUAGUGGUGUGGCAGGGGGAGGUGUCGACAGAAUCAGCGGGCGCAGUGACAUUUUCGUGCUCGCCAGUGGCAUGUAAAGUGCGCUGAAAGCUCGCCGAAUUAAACCUGGUCAGCUUUCAGCGCAGGCGGAGCGCAGCUGGUCUAGUAGUAUUUUGGUAGACCGGCGGCGUACCGGCAUACGUCACCAAUGCCUCACCGGCAGGUUUCCACAGUGUCAGGCACAUUUCAGUGCAAUAAAUAAUCAACAACAACUAAUAAUCUGAGUCAGCACAUACAUUAAGUUAUAGAUAUAUUCUGAUCUAUAUCUGAUCUGAUGAGCGCGUUUGGCACGCGUUUGGACACACAACCUGACCGAAUCAACACAGCUGAAACCGCAUUAAAUUAAAUUAAAUAUCUAGUAAAUAAACACACAUGAUGAAUUUAACAAGAUAUUUAAUUCGUCUCCCUCCCUUUCUUCUUCCUCUUCUCUUAUUUCUCGCGCAGCUCGACCUGGACAUGUCUCCGUGUCCUCUCUCCAUCCUGCUGCAGCAGCUGAACAGAUGAUUUGUUUCAGUGCUCAGAUGAGUUAUCUAAUUUAAGCCGACAUACGGAUAUUAUAAUAUUCAGUUUUGUGAGCCAAAUUUAUUUUAUAUGCCAUCAUCUAGGAAAGAAAGAGCCAGGCCACAGAGCGUGAUGUGUCAUUUACGGACAAGUGGUUCUGAUUUUAAUGCCAUUUAUGGAGUUUAUGUUGUGAUCUGUGCGCACAACCCACCUUUGUCACGUGAGGUUUGAAUAUAUGCAACUUUAUGUGAGUGUCUUUAUUUGUGGAAAAGGGUGUUUGUCUUACCAGUGGGUCCAACAUUACACACUCCAAAUCCAUCUGUGCUCAGAUGAGAGAGUGUGGAGGACGCCCAAUGCAGCGCUUACAGUGACACUUGUUGAGGGGCUGGCUUCUGUCGCCAUCUUGUGGCAUUACUGUCUUCAGAUAUCUCUCGAUCUCUUUGACUACUUCACGAAAAUAGUAAUACGCCUCGCCUGUGGCGGAUUUAAAGGCAAGGAGAGGAGCUUAUGUGAUUGGUGAAAACAGGUCUUGGCUGUGUUAAACCCACUCCACGCCCUCUCUCCUCCCUCACUACGACUUACGCCACUGGGAGGAGCUGAGUUAGGGAGGGGGGAUACUUAAGCCGGGCUGCGCCGCUCACCCAAAUACCAAAUUGUGCUGGGGAACGCCUUGUUGGCGCGGCGGACCUUACACCGCGCCUGCGGAACGUCUCCGGUGAGGCACGAAAAUAGAGCCCUAUGUCUCAAUCCUGUGGAUAAUAAAUGUUUUGUAGUGUUAUCCAUCUCUGCACUGUGCAAACUGCUCAGUAUGGCCUCUGCUGUGGACUUGCAUGCUACUCAGUUGCAGCCGUUUUAAUUUAAAGCAGGUUAUGAUCAUGUUUUGAUCAUUUAAUUCUAAAAGCAUAUGUUACACAUGGAUUUAAUCAAUCCAGGAAUCCGUGUGCUCAUCCUUGGCUGCACCAGGAGUGUUUGUAUUGGCUCCUCAUCAGCUGAGAGCCUUGGACUCGGUGUUUGGUUUGCUUCUGACUCACUUGAUGUGAUCCUCAUCCAAGACUGAUUGAUUUAUCUAUGCAGCUUGUUUAGGAUACAUCACUUCCGGCUAGGUGUGAAUUACAAUACCACCAUUUGUAAAAUCAUGCCUGAUUAGUUUAAACAGGUUAUAUAUAAAAACAGAAACUUACAGCUUUUUUAUUUUCAAAUCCAGAAAACUGCAUGUGUAGUUAAAGCUUAGGCUGAUUUCAUUGUGCUACCCACCUUCAUUCUCAUGGUAAAUUAUUAAAACCACAUUAAUGCACCUCGUUGUUGCACAGGGAGACAUUUCAUUUUCAUCUGAAAAUCGACACCAACAAAUGCGCAAUUAACCCCUGUUGAGUCAUUCUUUCUGAAGGCAGUAAAGCCAGGAUAGUUUUGGAAAUGAUGCUGCUGUUUAUACUGAAUUUUUAUACUUUUGUAAAUGACAAAUUAUUCAUGCCAAAAAGUGUUUGGAUGACAGGGGAAUUGGGUGCUGAUUAAGUGCACAAUGGUCCCUAAUGAUCAGCACCAUCUGUGGCUGUGGGUAAUUAAGCUUUCUUCAUGUUUGCUUGUAAUAAACUUUGUCAAUUCAUACGUCACUGCUGUUUAAUGUAACCUCAACGAGGGAAAAAGGCCUUGUUUGGCCAUUGGAUUAUCUGGCUCUAUUAGAUGUGUUGUGCAAACAUUUUUAGAGCACCCACACAACCCCAAUGAAAAUGUGUUGGAUGCAAGAAAGAGUAAGUGAAAAGAGCCAAGGUGAGUCAAUGCAGAGAUAAGUUUCUAAUGAAGAAAUAAAAUACAAACAUGUAUUUAUUUGAGACCAAACAGAAGUUAUUUCUAUGCAUAGAAAUCUAGAUGCAUAUGAGGAAUGCUAAUACCUGAGGUGGGGAGAGCAGCAGUAAAGAACCUCCAUGUACAGGACAUAUUCCGGCGUAACAUUAAGUUAGGGUCAAACACACCCUAACACCAAGUUAGACACCCCCUCGAGAGAUGAAUGUUGCAGACCACUUGCUUCUUUAGUUACACCAACUUUAGUAAUGACCACACGAUAGCAAUACACAGCGGUCUACAGCCCCACACACCCACCUCAACCAAAAAGCCACUCUAUAGCCACAAAUAAUGCUCAGAACAGCACCUAACUUCAUCAACAGUACAUAUAGGGUGACAGCCAUAGCACGAGCCACCAAACAUCUUUUUAGUUUUCCUGAUUUCUUUAGCAAAAGACUAAACACAACUCACCCACUAUCCUCCAGCUGCUGCUUGUUUGUAGGAGAGCCUGGACAAAUUGAUCUCCAAAUGCUGCGGGUUAUUUCCCUGAAGUGCAGCAGAAUUUUGCAGGUCAAGGAAGAUCAUUUAUCAUCAUUACUUGAUGGAAACGCAAUCAGAACAAGACACUAAGGCAGAAGAACUACUGCGUCUGCUGUGCAAAAUGAUUAUUCUGAUGAUUAUUACUUAAUGGAAAUGAUCUUCUGCACUCGGUGAUCGACUUGUCAGGACUCCACCACAAACAAGCGGCUACUGGAAGAGAGUGGGUGAGUUGUGUUUGGUCUCUUUGCUAAAGAAAUUUGCUCUGGGCAUUAUUUGUGGCUAUAGAGUAGCUUUUUGGUUGAGGUUUGCCCAAGGAUUCUUAGACCGCUGUGCUAUCUCAUGGUUGUUACUAAAGUUGGUGUAUCUAAAGAAACAAGUGGUCUGCAUCAUUCAUCUCUCAAGGGGGUGUCUAACUUGGUGUUAGGGUGUGUUUGACCCUAACUUAAUGUUACACCGGAAUAUCCCUUUGAUUGCCUGCCUGAACUAGCCCUACACCCAAUAAUAAAGCAACUUUAAAGUACUGACUGACCUAAAAUUGUGGCUCUGCAGUAUGUCUAUAUCUAUGACCUUCCUUCACUGCUAAUUGAAUCUCACAAGAGAAGUGAGAAUGUUGUAUUAAGGGAUUAGUGUCGCUAACUUUUAUCAUGCCCUCAAAGAGUUCAAUUACAAGGCUAAUUAAUAAUGUAAGGGGUCAUCACAUGGCAUAGCAACCAAUUACACGCAUUUGAUAAUUUCCUUUUAUUACUUUUUCCACUGACACUUGACACUUUUGAUGAUGUUUCAGCUAUUUUUAUUAUCUCUAAUAUUUAUAGAUAUGAAUAGCUGGUUCAUAUUUCAUCCUCUUAUACUAAAGAUUAAAAUGAUAAAUGAAAAAAAAAAACAAAAAAAACAAAUGAAGCUAUUUGAAACUAGAGCUCACAGCAAGCUUAUAUGAAUGAAGUUUAAAGCAUUUUAAAUUUUUUAGCAUUUGAAAAUAAACACUCCCUCUCUGAAUAUCCAUUACAACACAAUUAAUGCAAAUCUCACAAUUGAUCAUGAGAAAAGUCACAUGGCACUUUUGGUUGUUUACACCAAAUGUUAGCUCCAUCUGUGAGUUAUUGCUAAUGCCUGCAGCUGAUUAUUGACAGCCUCUGGUUGUGACUGCUGGUGUCUGUAUUUUUGGCUGCAGAGGUUUACUGCAGGCCCUGUAUGAUCUAUUUUUGAUGGCGGAUACUGCUGGAGGAAGUUUGGUCUCUUAAACACUCUCAGUCAAAGCUUGAACAAGUUGGAGAAACUCAGUGUAUUUGCAAUGACCGGUAUAAAGUAUACCUUUCCUGACAUGUGUACUAUUUCUCUUAUGAGUGAGCAUAAAGAACGUGAAUGCUGUGAGAAGCUAUUGCAUCUGUAUAACAAAAAAGGUAUGCUGUAAAUAGUGCUGACUGUGGAGCUGAGUGUUUUUGCAUUUGCAUGUGCAGUAUCUGUGGAAAGUAGCCACCCACAUUGCAAGGCUCCAUCUCUACCCACCUAUAAGCUAACAUUCACACCAAUAUGUCUAGUUUUUCAUCCAGCACAAUAUGAAUGUAUUUGCUUCUGUAUUCUGUGGAACAUGUCAGAAAAAAAAGGAGAGAUGCAUUAUUCAUCGGCUGGGCGCAGCAAUGCAAGAUUCUUGAAAGCACUUGCAUCGAAUUAAAGUCAAAAGUAAAGACAGAAAUCAAUAAUGCGAGUUGAAAAACAUAUUCAGCUAUUGCGUCAUUGCUUUGUCUCUUAAGAUAUUAAACCUGACAUCAGACUGUGUCAUCCAUAAUCAGGACUUUUACAGAGGACUUACAGGAAUACAUGUACCCUUGAAAGAUACAGUCACUGCCCUCUUUCUCUGAAAUGAUGUCCGAACAAUAAACUAUGUGAAAGUGACCGAGACACGGCGAGCAGCACAAACUGAUUUAUUAAACCUUCAUCUUGAGAUGAGUUUGGUCAAGGUGCCCCUUCCUCAGACGAUGGCCCUUACAGAUACAUCGGUAAAUUUUUGAGACGUAACCAGGACUCAUAUUAAACAGCAAGGCACAUCCUCUGAGGUUUACAAUGUCCUGCUGGCAGCUGAAAUUAAAAUGAUUCAGACAGAUGUUUAUUUCAUCCUGGAAACCUCAUUCAAAACAUGCUGUCAGAUUUGUCUUGUCAGGGCGACAGAGAGGCAGCCGUCCAGAGCGGCUCACACUUACAAUCUGUAAGAGCUGACACUCACAACAGGCAAACAGGGACAAGGAUAAGAGCUCAGAAUCAUAAUUUGGCCAUGUUCUGCUCAGGAGAUAGCCAAGAUAACAGACCAUAGUAUCACUGUGCCUCACAGUUUCUCAGUAUUUGGACUUUCUUCCCACAGUGAAGAUGUAGUCAUGCUGUGGGUGGGUGGACUAUAUACACUGUGCAACUUCAGCUCAUAAGUAAAGACUUCUGAUUGACCUUACAGAUAUUAAAUCAGCUCCCACUUUGCAGAGCUUUGGUAAAUUAUGCUCUUUUACAACACAACACUUCUCACAUGCAAACAACUCUGGGCUUUGUUGUGUAAAGAGAAACAGAAACCUCCCUCCAGAUUUUUUUGGAGAUGUUUAUUUUCCGAUUAAAGGCAACAACAUCUUCAUAUUGAAAUCUACGGUGGCCAUUAGGGGCCAUGCUGCUCAAACAAGACAGUUUUUUUCAUCAGAGCAGUGGCUCCGAACCUUUUUUGACUUUUGAUGCAACUGCUGACUUUAAAAACAUGUACAGAAUUUUUCUACAAACUCCAGUGAGGAACUUUAGUAGAAGGGCAGAGUGGGGUAAGAUGAGCCAUUUUUCAUAUUUGGGAUCACUAUAUCAAGGCAAUCAUAGUUUUGUCUCUAACUAGUGUAUCUGCAUAUAUUUCAAGAUGUUGUGCAUCACUGCAAACCAACAGAAUGAGUGUAAACAUAACUGUCUUGAUAAUAUGGCAUAUCAAUAAAAGGGGUCUCCUAUGGUCAACUUACCCCGUAUGGGGGGGCCCUCCCUCACCUUCUUUCUCCCUAAAUAACAGUCACUUCUUCACAUUCAUCUGCAUUUUUUCUAUUAUAUGCUUUUCAACUAGUACAAUAAUUCUUUCUAUUAUUAUGUGUAUAACUGCUAAAAAGCUGUUUUGUAAAAAGCCAUUUUGACAUGAGAAUGUGAUUAAGAACAUUCACAGCUGUAUUUUUGAAAAGAAAAAGUAAAACAUUUCAACAAUAUGAACUAAACCUCUGAUCCUCUCAUUGGACUCCUUUACUUUCUCAGUUGAGCCACUGGCUCAACUUACCCCUGGCCAAAUGGCUCAACUUACCCCAGAACUACUAUUGUGACUUAAUUAGUCCUCUAAGCUAAAAUGGUGGACUUUAAUGCUAGGUUUUUGACCUCAUGUUGUAGCUCAUAGAUACCACAAUUGAAGUGUAAUACAAAUUUUAAAUUAUCUUUUUUGGUCUGAACACAAUUCUAAUAAAACGUAUGACAGACUAAAUUCACUUUAAAGAGUGAAAAAUGGCUUUUUGGAAAUAAAUGUCUAACCCCUUUACCCAUGUACUUCUAACAUUCACAGACUAAAUGAAUUGAUGCCCAUCUCCUAAAUAUUUCGUCGCAUGAUCAAUUUCUUUUACCAUUUUCAAGCAACAGGGGAUGGCUCAACUUACCCUUAGGCUUAAGUUACCUCACUUUCCCCUAUACAUUUUUGUGCCCCCUAUGGAUACAGUGGUUCCUUUAAUCUAUUUGCUAAUAUUAAAAUAUUUUUAACAGCAACUCUCAUCCUACUUUCUGCUAUCAGUCACCAGUUUUCUAAAAAAGAAAAAAAUGACACUAUUCAAGCAUGUAGAGGACAGGAUGAGCAAUGACUGAUUUGACCACAGGUGGUGCCAAAACUGACACAAUCCGAAAGUUCCUUGCAGGAGCUUUAAUUCACCAUAAUUAAAGGACAGCUGAGCUUGCACACCUUUUUGUAGCCUUUUAAAGUCAGGUAGUGAAGUAGACAGAUGACAUCUCAUCUGAUUUGCUACAUCAAGUUGCAGACAGUACGUUGACAUUACACAGAAUAGCAAAUAAUGUGGAAAUAAAGCGGGGGGGCGCUUGUGUCAUGUGAUGCUUUGAGAUACACUUUUCAUUCCCAAGCCUGCAACAGGGAAAAUGUGCUGCAAAUUCAGAGAAAAAGGCUCUAGUCUAAAACUAAUGCAACAGAAGCUACAUGAAUGAAACAAAUGCACCCUUACAGACCAAGAGCGCUUCAGUUUUGAAGUCUGGAUUUGCAGCAUUUUUGUUUUGUAGUUGUUUUCGUGUUUUUUGCUGUAUCUUGUAUUUGCAUUACGCUAUGUCCAAAGAUACAAUGUCCUGUUCAUAAAACAGCACAAAAUAUAUAGUCUAUGCUCACACACAUCCCUCUAUCAGGGAUGUAAAAUUCAUACAGAUAAAAGUGAAAUAAUGAAGGUCGGCAUUUAUGAGACGUGUACUGCUCUGCACAGGCGAAUGAACAUGAUCUGUAUGAUGUAUUUAAAGGUUACUCUGUGAAUAUGUUUGUCUGAAAGCCCAUAAGAAUAACACGAUUCAAUCACUAUGACCCUGGCCUGGUAAAACCGUCUAACCUCAUUUCUUGUUUUGAUGCAGGGGUGGAAGGCAUGGAGUGCUCCCUCCCCAUGGACGGCCGUCGUGUCUCCCUGGCCCAGCUCUCCAAGGACAGCUUCCGUGAGUGUCAGGCCACUCUGACUCUAACGGACCUGCUUAUCAUCAUUUUCUCUGGCAUCUCAGUGUCGGUAGUGGCCAUCAUGACCAGCUUCUUCCUGGCUUCAACUGUUCAUUGCUUCCAGCGCUGGAGUAAAGGCACCAAGGGGGAUGAGGAGGAGAGUGAGGAGUGAGUGGUUUGACUUUUGAGGGCCAGCGUGGUCCUGGGACUUGAAACUAUGAGAGGACUCAGCAGACAGUGUGUUACAUGCUGUUUCCUCCCUGGUAAAUCUCCAGGACUGUUAAGUGGACAGAUAUUGCUAGGGUAGAGUUGGAGAUUUCUUGACAUGGGAAUAGGGUGAAGAUGGACGUUCCCGAAGAAUGAGCCAAAGUCUCAUUAAAAAUUAAUGAUAGUGAUAGUAUUCUUGGCCGUGAGAGUUUAAGUCAUAUUUUAUGACUCGUGGCACUAGCUCAAUGUUUUAGGCCUACAUGAGUUUAGAAACUUCAUGCCUUUGAGUAAAGGGGAAAGGUAAAAACCUUCAUCUUAGACAAGCUGAUAGCCAGACAGCUCGGACUCUGGAGUUUGAAAUCCUGUAAAAUGACAACUAGUAUUAGAUCUCCAUCAGGGCUUUAAUUGUGAAGGACACAGUUCUCGAUCCCAUUAAAUAUGGAUGUCACAGUGACCAAUGACCUCAGUAUUUAACUGCCUAUAUCAUGAUAUGCUGGCAUAUCCUGCCAUUUUCAGUGUCUUUUCUGAACAUCAUCUCUCCCUAAAAUUCAAACGUGGUUCACAAGCACCAGAAAAAAAGGCUAAUACUGUUGCUGCUUCUGGGUGUAAAAUUAGAAAGUUGCAGAGGUUUCAGUUGAAUAAAAAGGAGUUGGACAAUGGCGAGAUGGUAGGUAGCUGACAUACUGUAGGCAGGAAGUUCCCAGUGGGUUCCACACAAUCUUACAGCAUUAUAUUCAUUAUAUAAUCACAAAUUUAUGUACAAAGAAAACAAUGUACAGUCAAACAAACAUCAUAAAUCUAAAGGAUUUAAGGUUUGUUCUGUAGAUUGAGAACUGUGACUUGUAUAGAAAGAUAUCCAAAAACAGUGUAAUCUUGAAUAUUAUGGCAAAUACGAUAUUAAGAUAGAGUUUCUUAGAAAUAUUGUGUCAAAUAAUGCACUUUCAUGGUGAACCUGAUUCUGGCGAGCCCCUAGUAACACUAUGUAGACUGGUUUUGUCUUUAUCUGCCAAAGAUUAGGGCUUAGGUCAAAGAGAGACUGCAUAUAUAAGGAAUACUGUGGAUUAGAUUUGUUUAGUGAUGUAGGAGUAGCUAUGAAAUGAGAGGCAGCAUUUGAGCCAAAUCACGGUACACAGAGAAAAUGCACAAGGUCAGGGGGUCUCAUUUAUGAACACUGUGUAUGCACAAAACAUGAUCUGAAAGUGUCAUAUGUGCACACUGGUAUGCAAACUUCAACACAUGCAUACUUAAAGUUUUGAGGGAGGGUAACCAAAGUUGGAUUAUAAACAGUCCAGGAAACAUUUAAUUAUCUUGGAUCCACCUUCAGAGUCUUCCAGGAGAAAACUCCACUGUGUCUGAACUUCUUUGUUGUGUGUCGGGUGUAUGCAUAGUCAUGAGUGGUUCGUGAUUUAUAAAAGGGAACAGUACAUGCACACGACUUUGCAAAUCUUAAUUAUUUUGGCAUGACUCCACACUGUUUUAUAAAUGAGACCCCCGAUUUGACCUCCACUGAGUAGGUGGUCUCACUUUGUUGAACACAGCACUUGUAUUUCAGCUGGCAGGUCCCUUCAUAUGAAAUAGCUAUUUACCGUGACGGUAUCGGCAGUAAAGAGGAUCCAUCAUUCUGUUAUUACUAAAGAGCUUCCUGUAUCUUGUGGUAAAGCUGCUCAUAUCAAAAUUUGUACUCUGUCAACAGCAUUUGCACACAUGAGCGACACGGCAGUACGGUACAAUUUAAAUGGCCUGAGUAUCACAGCUGUCUUUUGCUCAUUCACAUUGAGUAUGUUAGAUUACUCACAACUGCGAAUUAAAUCUAGGUUCCCCUUUUCUUACCCCUCAGCAAAGGUAUGUUGCAACACUUUUCACAUUCUCUUACAGCAUAAAUAAUUCAACAAAUUCGAGACGUGAAGCCAAAAGAAUGUCAGACCUCUUAAUGCAAACGUGCGGCGGAUAGAGAAAGAGCCAUGAGCGUAUAGAGUCAUCGCUUCAGUGUGCUUCACAAAAGAUUAAAGGGAAUUCCUAAUGCCCCCGUCCCUUCACAACAAGUCAUUCCUCUGAAUGCACAGCAUUGUGCUAAAAAUGAUGUGAAAUAAAUGUGGACUUAGCUGUUGUUAUUUUUUCUCAUCUAUCCCAAGAGCACAAAGAUUUCAAAGGAAGCCAGUGAAACUUUAGAGCACUGUGGUGUACAAGGAUGUAUCUCAUCACGUGUUGGUCUAAAACUGUAUCUUCACCAUGUGUUUUUCACUCAUGUCACAUGCUUCAUUGACAAUGCCACAUCCUUUUAAGUAAUUUGUUGAUAUUUGAUCUGGAGAUGUCAUGUGUUCAGAAAAGUCAAAAUCAAUAUGGACGCUUUUUUUUAACCGAUCCUUUGCUAAACCCCUUCCUAUGAUUGACUGAGACACAAGGCACGAAGAUCAGCUGAUUUUACAGCUGACAACAGCAGCCUGUUUUUGGCUACUAAAGCCUGGUUUGAUAACUUUGCAUUGGUGCUAUAGAACGCUACUAUGAGCGCUACACCCUCGUGCAUUAGAGUCUAUUUGCACUGCUAUACUCCACCAAAACACGAGUUAGCAAUGCAAUUUCAUGCCUGCCAUUGUAGCCGGUUUCCUCUUUUGCAAUGUUAGCUGCUUGCUGAAAACCAUAGCAACAAAAUCUUAGCGUAAUAUGUUGGAUUUGAGACUGAUAAAAGUUUAGAAUUUACUUCAAAAGAGAAAAGACAGGAGAUAUUGGAGGGGAUGGAAGGUACAGCUGUUAAGGACUUGCAUACUGUUUUUUGAAUGGUGCUACUUAGCAGACUAAUCCCAGAGUUUGAUAUCUGUUUUUGACAUUUCUGAGUCCAAAUUCCACCAGAUCUGCAUUCAGUUUUUUUCCACUGCAUCACAACAGCUCAGAGGUUUUAACUAACACAUUUCUGCUCCGUUUCUGGAGGGAGAGAACCGUUGAUGCUGUAUUUAACUUGGGAAAUUCAUGGUCUUGUAUCUCUAGCUGAUUGGCAGCGCUGUGCACAGAAAAUGCAGCUUGUAGAAUUUGACAGAUGAUGGAGAACUGCUGCAGCAAGAACAGCAUUAGAGCGAAGAUGAUUCUGGUGAAUUUUGUGAGAAGUGCAUGUCACUUCUAUGCAGGAUUCAUGGUGAUGCAAACCAAAGAUUCAGUGCAGAUGCACAAAAUCAGGCUUAGUUACUUUUGGUAGAGCUGAAGCAUCAAAACUUGCUGGGGAAACUUUUUCAUUGAGCCAAAAAAACAUCAGAUCAAUUCCAAAUACAAGCCGUCUGUAGUUACUCUGAUCACUUUGCAUGUUAACGGUUAGUCUGCUGUUUAUUGCAGUAAAUUUUCAGCUUGAGACAGUGUUUGAGAAUGAGGCUAACCAAGAGGAAAGUGGGGUUUAGCAAAUGAUCAGUUUGUUAAAGUGAGAUAUAAUGUCCAAAUCCACCAUUUGUGUUGUCAAAUUCAACAAAUUCCAAACAGUCUGUUAUGACUAAGUCCUACUCUGUAUAUCUGUCAGUUUGUGUAUUUGCUACAAAAGCAGCAAGUGUGUUCUUGAAUUGUGUAAACCACAAAAGGUUCAACCCAAAAUGAGAAAAUCACUGAUUUCAAAAAGAAGCAGGAUCUUUCUGUUUAGAUCACAAAUACAAUGCUUCAAACUACAAGAAUGGCUUAACUGGAGACCGAGAACAGACGAGAAACUGUCACCCUAACUGGUACGUGAAGGUGUAGACUUCAGUGGAGCAAUCAGAGGGAGAGUUUUUAUACAUAUCAUUAUGAUUUCCAACUACUGUGUAGUUACUGUACAUUAACAAAUUAUUAUGUUAGCUUAGCUGUUAGCUUGAAGCAUAUGUUAGCAUGACACUUUUCUUUUCUCUUACUCAUUUUAUUAAGCAACAACUAUCAGAACAUUAGAGCAUGCAAUGUUAAGUUACCUACCAACCUACCGACUUACCGACCUACCUACCGUUUCAAGUUCAGAUUCAUGUCUAUUUUUCUAUUAAACCUUUUAGAUUAAAGCGUUUCUUUACUCUGUCAGUCCCCAAAGUAAUUUUUCUGGCGUUGCACACUCUAGAGAGCGGAGAGGCCGGUUGACUGCUUGAGCAAAGUUUGUCUUGACAUUGCUUAAAAACCAAAUUCAAUGUUUUGUUUUGUCAGAUAAAUGUCAGGAUGGCUCGGAUGUAAAUGAAGAGACAGGGGCGGGUGUGAUGCUGCUGCAGCUGAAUGCAUUUCCAAAUGUCAAACAGACACGGUCAAACAGACUGUAUGUGUAGCUGUAAAUUGAUGUUUGGUUAAAAAAAAUAAAACCCUUUUAUUCUCUC